AUGCCGCCUCAGUUUUCUAACGUCAAAGGAGGUUCCCAGCAACUCAGAACGGGCUACGAUGUUCCUCUUAUUGGGUAUGGAACCUAUAAAGUCGUCGGAAAAGACGUAGGAUUUAAUUAUUUCAAUAUUUUGGCAUCAUUCAAAUUCUCAGGUCCUUCCCGCUAUCGAUGCAGCCUUAUCCGCUGGUUAUCGGCUUUUCGACACGGCCAAGUACUACAAGAACGAAGCUGAGCUAGGGGCGGCUUUGAAGGUUUUAUUUUUCCAGAGAAUUAGUGAAAAAAUAGGAUUUUUUCCAGGAACUUUUGCCGAAGCACGGUUUGAAACGAGAAGAAGUCUUUCUGACGACCAAAUUUUUCGCCAUCGCAGCCGAAGAUGCGUUUGAAGAAGCGACCAGAUUGGUAGACGAAUCAUUGGAAUCUCUGGGCGUCGAGUGGGUUUUUAAAAAAAAUUUUUAUUCGUAAAUUUUAGUUGUGUCCAAUUUCUUUCAGGACACAUUACUAGCUAGCUUUGAAAAAAUCGGAAAUUCUGGUUCUGAAAAAUUAACUUGAUCAUAAUUAGGAAUCUUUUCUACAAGAAGGGUAUAUCAUAUAAUUUUCUUGCAAUUAAAAAAAAGUUGAUCUCUACUUUUAAAUCUCAUAUAAUUUUUUUAUUUUUUUGCUUUUUACUCGAAGACCUUUUUUUAUCGUUAUUGCUUAAAAAGAAAGCGUUAAAAUAAAUAUAAGUUUUUUUAUUAUUUUGCUCUGGAAAUGGUUUUUUUCGCUUUUUUUGAAGAAAUAAAAAAAUCAACAAAAAAUUGAUUUAAAAAAAUAAAAAUCCUUCUGACUUUUCAAAUCUCAUUUGAGGACUUUUUGAUCAAGUUUUUUUCAAAAAAAGAUUAGGUAUGAAAAAAAGAGAUUUUGUUAGUUCCUGUCAGCGGAAAAAGCGAAAAAAAAAAGGAAAAAGACAUCCGAGCUUCUAUCCGUUUCUAAAUAUUGAACUGUCUUGCAGAUACCUGGACAUGGUGCUCGUUCACUACCCCAAGGCCGACGCUUCCAGCAACGACGAUCCGAAAAACGCCCACCAUCGGAAGAGCACCUAUUUGGCUCUGGAGAAGAUCAAAGGUUUGAAAUUUUCUACAUGGCUGGGAGAUUCCUGAAAUCAAGCCAGAAAACUCAUCGAUGUGAACUUGAAAGUCCCAACUUGCAGAAAUUCCUAGUUUUCGCGAACUGAGGGCUCAAAGGCCCAAAACUACAUAUUUUAAAGGAUUCAGAAAAAUUUUCAAGUUUCAAAAGAAAAAAAAUGUUGCAGAAAGCGGAAAGAUCCGAUCGGUUGGAGUGUCGAACUACGAGAUCUCGCACCUGCAGGAGAUUGAAUCUUAUGGAAAGGUAGUAAACUCAGAUCUUAAUUUGGAACUUUUCUGAUGUUUUUUGGAUAGUUUCACACACCUAAACUACAAUCGAGGCUGAAAAUCUCACAAAAGACGGUGAAAUGAAAAUCAAGCGUCACAUUUAUUGGCUACAGAAAAGUCCAAAUUAAAAAAUUUUUAGAUCAAAAUAAUCAAUAAUUUUCGUCUAGGAACUCCCAUGUGCCAACCAAUUGGAAUACCAUCCGCACUUUGUCAGAGAGCCACUCCAUUUGUACUGCAAGAAACACGGGAUCUUCUUCCAGGUACUUGAAAAAUUCUGUUUUUUCUGUCUUUUCAAGGUUUUCUAAAAGUUUCAAAAGUUGAUAUUCAACCGUCACAGUAGUUCUGACUAUUACUCUCAUGAUUUGAAGGCGUUCUCCUCAUUGGCUCGCCAGGAACCGGCGUUGAUCGACGACCCCGUCCUCGUCAACAUCGCUAAAAAGCACAAUCAACCGGUUACGGUACCUUUCCAGACGAAACUCUGUUGAAUUCACUUCUUUCUAGCUAAUACUUCUGGCCUGGGCGCUGAACCAAGGCGUCGGCAUCAUUCCGAAGUCGGCGACGCCUUCCAGAAUCGUCGACAACAUCAAAGUCGCCGAGGUCAAACUGAGCGCCGAGGAAAUCCAAGAAUUGACGUCAUUGGACCGCGGCCAACACUACAUUCGCUGCACUGGAUGGCUCGUCAAAUAA